GCGAGACCACAGUACUGCAGGAUUAACCUGAGUGUCCCAGUCCUGGACAGGUUUUUUAAUACUGAGGACACUAGGCCUGAUUUUCGUCUGAGCAGGGAGUCUCUGAAAGUGCUGCUGAACCUCCUUAACCAGGAUCGGCCACAUGGUUGGGGUGCCCCUAUUGAGGUCCUUGUGUUUAUUUUUUUCUGGCUGGCAAGUGGAGCAUCCUACAGAGUUGUUUCCAGAGUGUUUGCUAUUCCUCGCUCCACUGUUCACCGCAUCGUCCACAGGGUCACAGAGGAGGUGGUGGCUAUUCGCCAUCAGGUUAUCCAUCUCCCUCGGACUCCUGAAGACCUAGAUGUCCUGUCUCAUGGGUUUGCAGGGCUGGCAAGACACAGAGCCUUUUUAAAGGCUGCUGGUGCAGUUGACAGCUGCCAUGUCCACAUCAAGCCUCCCAGCGGCCCUGAUGGUCAGUGCUACAGAAACAGGAAAUUGUUCCCAUCCAUACUCCUGCAGGCAGUUUGUGACCAUCAGGGCCGCUUCAUUGAUACAUAUGUGGGCUGGCCUGGGUCAGUGCAUGACUCCAGGGUGCUACGCAACAGCCCACUGUACCGGCAGGCCAUUUACCCUCCACCAGGGCAUUUCAUCUUAGAAGAUGGAGGGUACCCAUGUCUCCAGCAUCCACUUCCCCUCAUCACUCCGUACAAGAGGCCAGUUCAAGGUGUGGGAGCCCAGUGCUUCAACUCUCAUCAUUCCAGGGCACGCUCUAUUAUAGAGCGUGCUUUUGGAAUGAUGAAGACGAGGUUCUGGGCCAUCUUCCUUCAAGCGCUGGAGGUCAUAACAGCAUGUGCUGUCCUACACAACAUCUGCCUCGGUGCUGGUGACGCUAUGGACCCGGAGGAUGAUGUGCAAAAUGAGGGGGAGAUGGGUUUGGAGGCAGUCAGUGGUGCUCCCUGGCGGGACCAGCUAUCUGCUGAGGUGUCUGUCCUGGAGGAGCUACCCCAGGACCAUGAAUAUUUUUAA